AUGGCCUAUCAAUUCUUCAGAUCGCAACAGCAGCCCAAGACGCCAACAUCACCUCCUCAGGUACCAUCGAGCAGCCUCAAUUCCUCGAGAAACACGAAGCCUCCGAUACAUCCACCUCCUGUCAUCUUGCCAGGGUCGUCGUCUUCCUCUUCCACACCACCAACAACCGUGGACACCGCGUUUCGACCUGCUCCAUAUCCGCAGCCCAUUGAGCCAGGCUAUCCUACCCCGCAUCCUCAUAUCACCAUCGACCCGGUCCGCACAGCUCAUAUACCUUCCCUGAGCCGUAUUACAGGCUUGCUUCUGCCUAUCCGGUAUCCCAGCUCGUUCUAUACCGCGACAAUCACCGACCCGGUUAUCGCGUCAUUAUCUCGCGUCGCGGUCUACCAUGGUCACCCAGUGGCUGCUGCCCCCGAACGAGCAUCGAUUACUGGCCGCGAUGACACAGCUUCUGGAACAGGAACAGAUAAAGUCAUAGGGGGGAUAAGAUGUCGUCUUGAGCGACAAGUCCAACAGACAACCGGGUCAGAUGAGAAAAAGUGGAAUGACCCACGAGAGCCGACGAAUCUCUAUAUCCAAACUCUCCAUCUUCUUUCUCCGCACCGCGGACAUGGGGUAGCAGCGUCUCUACUAAAUUCUCUACUCUUUUCCACGCCACCUUCAUCUGGAGUGAGGCCUCCCUAUCGCGUCUCUGGCCUCGUAAAACACUACAACAUACGCAGCGUCACAGCACACGUACACGAAGCGAAUGAUGAGGGAUUGCACUGGUACGCUGCGCGGGGCUUCAAGGUCGAGGAUGGGGUUGUAGAAGGGUACUAUCGGAGACUCAAUCCCACUGGUGCUAGAAUCGUAAGAUUAGAACUAGACUGGGAAGACGACGACUAUAUCCAGACGAAGGAGGAGGGAAGAAACGAGUCUACAACUUCCUCAUCCGCCCAACAAGAAGUCGAUGCGGGAGAGAAAGAACGGGACGACGGCGACGAUGACUGGGAAAAGGUCGAAGCUGAGGAUGGUGAUGACCAAGAAGACCACGGGAUAGAGAACUUCGGUGACAGUCACAUUUUGGAUCCUGAAGAGCUUCCCAACCGGAAACGGAAAGCAGAUUCCGAGCUUCAUGCAUGA